AUGUCUCAACUACCGUACCUCGCUGCAUCUCCCAACACGGCCGACGACACGUUCAGGUCACCAUUCACGAGGCCUCAUCGACAUGGCCCACUACUUCUUGCACCAGAGCCACCAACUCACAUCAUUAUAUCCAAGGCUAGACUGCCGGCAUGCAAGCCUGCCUCGGGCAACCGUCCGAACAUGCCAAACGCAUGUAAUCCGGCGAAAUACGAAGCACAGACCAGAACGCUAGCCGGAACUAACGCUAAUGGAGGAUCUAGGGUUCCCGUUCCUUCCAAGAAAGCUCGCGAUAGCGUCCGCGUUGAACCGUCAGGAAGAAGAUCGACGGAUAACGCAGUUGCUCAUACGCUGCUUCGGCGACGUAACACGUCCAUAGUAGGGCCCACUCCCGUCAUGGCCUCGCGCUACAAGGGCAGUACUCACACAUCGCUUUCGGCCAAUUCUAAGCCCGCUGGACGAGUCUCAGAAAACAUUUUAACGUGCACAGACUAUCGAUUUCCUUCCACGGAUGCCAAUCUUGGUAAUGGGAUUCUGCAAAGAAACGUAACUACUAUACCAUCUUCUGGACAAGACCUCGUACAGCAAAUCCGAGACUCGUUGGCACUCCCAUCACAUCGGACGGACGCCUCGUUGGAACGCUACCAUCCGUUCUCGGAAUGGCCUGACAACUCGACGGCGAUCUCCUCAACAGACACGCAAGAUCCAGUGGUAGACAGCACCAGCUACCGCCCUUAUCGUGCCUUUCACGAGAGCAUCCGCUUCGGCAGGACGAGCCAUAAUCCCGACAUUCUCGUCCGGCAGGUUCAGGAAAUGUCGGCCGUGGCAACAACCGCCAGGAAGAGAGCAAAGACAGCUUCCGAAGGCUGGAAGUUCCCGCUUCGAACGGAGGAUCGAAUUCUGACGUCUGGAAGCGAGCGUCCUCCCAGACGGCAUGCAAUCUACGCACAAGAAGGCAUCAAAUUUCCCUCAUACCAGGAGAACAGUUAUGAUUCCCCGCAUGUUCUUCGAUUGCCUGCUCGUCCUCUUAUCGCAUUCGGCCGUAAACCUUCGCGGUGCAAGUCAUCCAGCGUUGGAGAGAACAGUCGCAGCAUCGGAGUAGCGCCUCCAAGGCACGACGGGUACCAGUCCGCAAAGGCUAGCGACAGAAGCAAAGCAUGCUCCCAAGGCAUUCCUCGCAUUGUUUUAGGAGAUCUAGACAUCAAUUGCAUCGAAUUGCUCCCAUCGAAGACGGUGUCUGACUCACCUCCCGAUCUGGCCUAUUCCCUCCAAGUUCCUGCUGGCGACACCGAUCGGGUCUUGCUCCUUCCGUGCGCACCUCUAAUCGUCAAGAAACGAAGACCUCAAGACCCACUGGAUGCGGUUAUCACAGCAGGACUAGCAGCUGCUGAAGAUAAGAAGAGUGGAGCUGUUAUUAAGCUUCAAGAACACGCAAUCGUGCGCGGGUUGACGGGGGAACUCGACGCAGCAAUCUUGAGCUGGAAAAACAUAAUUUUCUGA